GUCACGCUGAUUAAUUGGUAUGGAAUACAUUAAACCACACCAGUUUUUCCUUGGUUUUCUUUUGACAGAUAACCAUCCACACGACUACACCAGCCACCUGGAUCUCUCCGGGUCACACACACCCAAAAUCGGACACCGAAUAGAGUAUUACGAGAAGCCGAGAAUGAACAACAUCCUGACAUCCCAGACUGAGCCGUACGACCUGUCGUUCUCCAGGUCCUUCCAGAACCUCACGCACCUCCCACCGUCCUACGAGAUGGCCAUGAAAGCAGACUUGGGUGACAAGGAUGACGAGUAUUACAUCCGCAAGCACCAUUUGCCUGAUCCGACGCAUCGCGGAGGCAACCUGCAGACGCACAUGAUCAAGUUGAACGUGGAUCCACCGGCGCAGCGCCAGAAGCCAAAACGCGUGCAGCGUGCCAUGUCCCAAGACCACGUGCUCUCACCCGCCCACUCCAAACCACAUCGGGACUAUGGCCUGUCGUCAUAUAGCGGCGGUACCGGCGGUCUGUCCCCGUACCACGGGCGUAUCCUCUCGGAGGAGCAGCUGCUGUCGGCCGAGCGACUGCACUCCCAGGACCCACUGCUCUCACCGGAUAAGAUGCUCUCCCUGCGGCGCUCCAAUUUCCGUGAGAAGGCCAUGUCACGGGCGCUAUCGCACACGGACAUGUUCGUACCGACCACACCGGUCAUGGACCGGCACUACAAAAUGAUGAAGAUGCAUUCGCACCCCAGCAGCAGCAAUGAGUCCUACAACACACUGACUGUUGAAAGCGCGCAGGUGGGCAACAAAAGGCAGGCGUUCGCCAACCGCCGCAUGCAUACAGUGGACCACCUGCAGUAUAUCCCUGGACAUCACCAUCAUCAGUACAGAACCGCCAGUAAGACUGAAGUAACUGUCUGAGAGGGCGAGAGGCGGGAGAGCGAAUGAUGUCAACAAACAAUCCAGCUGGAGGAAUCCGCGGCGGCCCACUUCAACAG